AUGCAGUUCUCUAUCGGGCACGUGCUCGAAUUCGUCGAUCAGACCUUCCUCAACCCAUGGGUUUCGAUAUUUGUACCUGUGGCGCUGCAGCUUUUUACAACAAGCAAACUGUCGAUUCAUCCAGAUACAAAAUCUUUUCUGGGAUACCGAUUGGGUCCUCUACCGAAUCUCCAAUCAAAAGCCCUAAAGCUCGUAUGCGCAGGUCUCAUCUUACGCAUCAAUCGCGUCCUGAGUCGUCGUGCGAUGAACAAUGGGGUGGAAGCCAAGUUUGACUGGGACAAAGAGAUCAUUCUUGUAACAGGCGCUGCUGGAGGUAUCGGGGCCGAAGCAGCACAGAAGUUUGCGAAAAGAGGAAGCAAGGUCAUAGUGCUUGAUGUGCUUCCACUGACUUACAAGGCCCCGUCCAAUCUGUUCUAUUACCAGUGUGAUAUCACGAGCUUUGACAAGGUUCAAGCGCUGGCGGGCAAGAUACGAGAAGAAGUUGGAGAUCCUACUUGCGUCGUGGCGAAUGCUGGCAUCUGUCGGGGCAAACCAAUACUGCAGGCGUCAAGCAGAGACAUUGAGCUGACCUUCUCGGUCAACAACCUUGGUAUCCUAUGGAUAGCAAAGGCUUUUCUUCCCUCCAUGGCGGAGCACAACCACGGUCACUUCCUGAUUACAGCUUCUCAGGCCGGAUAUGUUACCACCUCUGGAGUUGUCGACUAUGGUGCCACUAAAGCAGCAGCUGUUGCUAUAUUCGAAGGACUACAGACUGAACUCAAACACGUGUACAAAGCCCCGGCUGUACGUGUUUCGGUCAUCAACCCUUCGGCCGUCAAGACCAAGAUGUUCGAUGGCCUCAAGGCCCCCUCGAACUUUAUCAUGCCAAGAUUGAGUCCGGCAGAUGUUGGUGAACGGAUUUGCGAGAUUGUAUGGAGUGGAAGGGCCCAGAACGUCAUGAUUCCCGCCUUUUCUUAUAUUGCCGCCCCAGCAAGGUGCUUGCCGGAUUGGGUACGUGUUGGAUUCCAGGAUGGAGGUGCUGAUGCAAUGACGGAGUUGAGGCCUCACCAACCACUGAAGUGA